GAGAAGAAAAAGAAGUAGAAAGAAAGCUCCUCACUCGAUCUCUAGUUCCUCUGCUUACGCCAUGUCUCUGAAACUUGAAGGUUAAAAUUUAAAGAAGAAGAAAGCCAUAAUUUUCACCUUUAACUAUGCACACUCUAAAGCAUCCACUCAGUCCAAAGACACCCACUUCCGCCUCUUCCAAGAUGCUUGAGCGAGUGCUUUCUUCUCGCCGGGCCAGUCCUCACCCAGACGACGCCGUUUCUGAUAACGAUACUUUACCCCUCUCCGGCGAUGAGUCCAAGACCAAGAAACAGAGCCUCUCUUUGUUAGCCGCCAAUUACCUUUCCCGCUUGUCCCACCUCUGCCCUUGUCCAACUCCCUGUCUCAUACUCUGCCUCAUCUUGGUUUCAGUGUCCAUUGCGUCUCUGCUGUUUCAUUCUCGAAACUUCGUCUGUGUUUCUCCUUUUGAUCCCGCUAUCCGGGUCGGAUUUUUCGGGUUAGAUGGCCUUGAAUCGGAUUUUGGAGUCCUUGGUGUUCCUUGUUGCAGAUCGAAACAUGGAAAAAAAGUUGAAUGGACAGCCAAGGAUUUACUCAAGGGCUUGGAAGAGUUUGUACCAAUAUAUGAAACUAGGCCAAUCAAAAACAACAUGUACGGAAUGGGUUUUGACCAUAGCUUUGGGCUUUGGUUUAUUGCAAGGUGGCUGAAGCCAGAUUUAAUGAUUGAGAGUGGUGCUUUCAAGGGGCAUUCCACCUGGGUGCUGCGGCAAGCGAUGCCAGACAUGCCAAUCAUUUCUCUGUCACCUAGACAUCCUGAGAAAUACCUGAAAAAGGGACCUGCUUAUGUUGAUGGAAACUGCACAUACUUUGCUGGAAAAGAUUUUGUGGAUUUUGGAAGUGUUGAAUGGAAGAGUGUGAUGAAGAAACAUGGGAUUACGGAUCUCAGUCGAGUUCUUAUCUUUUUUGAUGACCAUCAAAAUGAAUUGAAAAGAGUACGGCAGGCAUUGAGUGCUGGCUUUCGGCAUCUGGUUUUUGAGGAUAACUAUGAUACUGGAACUGGAGAUCAUUAUUCCUUAAGACAGAUAUGUGAUCAGUCCUAUAUACGAGGAGGCGGUCAUAGCUGCUUUAGGGAUAGCGAUGAAAGCAGGAUUAGAUCAAAAAGGAAGAAAUUCUGGGAGAAGGCAGUUGAUGUAGAUGAACUGUGUGGCCCAAAUGAAGCAUGGUGGGGUGUUAGAGGCUGGAUGCGAGAUAAUUUUAAUCACAGUAACAAGCCAAUUUCCUAUUUGGAACAUUUUCAGAACAGCAGGUUUAUUGAAUCAAUCCUUGAUGUUUAUUGGGAGCUUCCCCCAGUAGCUGGUCCUUCUCUCACUCAUCAAACAAGAUAUGAUCCUGCUCGAACCACCCCUCCUAUUGUUGAAGAUGGUCGCUAUGGCCUUUUCCAGCGGAUUGGUCUAGGUAGACUAGAGAAUUCUGUAUUUAAUGGCUAUACCCAGAUGGUAUAUCUUCAAAUCUCUGAACAAGAAUCUUAAAGCUGUUCAGAGCAGAUGAUGGAGCUGUUAGUUUUGCCUAGAUUGAAACACACAAGUUGUUAAUAUUAAUUCCUUUUCCACACAGGUUCAAAAUGAACAGUUAAAUUUUUUUUUUCCCUUUUUUCUUUUUAUAUUUAUGUUUAAUUCAAUUUUCUGAAUCACUUCAUCCAAUUUCUUGUUUCUAA